GAAAUCAUCAACUCUUUUCACAUUUACAAAUAUUCACACUUUGCAGUCGCAAACAUGGCGCAAGGACAGGUUCAAGUGCAUUUCAGCACCACAUCUCCAGAUAUCGAAUUACCUGAAGGAAAACAACAAUUGCUCGUUCCUACCAAUGUACGAAGAUAUGGACUUUCACAGAUUCUCAAUUCCGAGGCGAUGCUCGAUACCUCUUCGCCGAUACCAUUCGAUUUCCUGAUUAACGGUACAUUCUUGCGAACGACCCUCGAUGAAUAUCUCACUGCAAAUGGGUUAUCCUCCGAAACAACGUUAAACUUACAAUAUGUUCGAAGUUUGAUACCUCCUCUUUAUGAAGCAAGUUUCGAGCAUGAUGAUUGGGUUAGCAGUGUUGAUGUUUUGUCUGGGAGCUCUGCUGCAGGAGCUUGGGGUAAAAAUUCAAUUGUUGAAGGGCAGGAGCGUAUAUUGUCAGGUUCUUAUGAUGGACUCCUCAGAGUUUGGAACAAAUCAGGUCAGGCUAUUGCAACAUCUGCGCCUGCCAGUAUUGGUGGGCAUACCUCUGGAGUAAAGGCUGCGAAAUGGCUCUCGGCCAGACAAGUUGCAUCGGCAGGUUUGGAUCGCACAAUAAGGAUAUGGAAUUAUUCUGAAUCAGAGGAUCAUUUCUCGGCGCAAUUGAAACCAACCAUGGAGUUAUAUGGCCAUACCGGUAGCAUUGACUCAAUCGCAGUUCAUGGACCAUCGAAUCGCAUUUUAUCUGCUUCAGCAGAUGGACAAAUUGGUUUCUGGACUUCACAUAAAUCCUCAGCACCCGAAGUAAAUACUAGUCUUAUUUCUGGACCAUCUACAAAACGACGCAAGAUCACAACCUCCACAUCCACUCCUCAGCGUGGCCCUCUAUCUCUCAUGGAUUGUCACAAUGGACCUGCGACUGCUGUUAUCUUCAACCCCCAGGAUCCUACUGUUGCAUAUUCUGCUUCCCAAGAUCAUACCAUCAAAACACUCGAUAUCACCACUUCCAGUAUUGUCGACACAAGAACUUUAUUGAACCCAAUCCUCUCAUUAAGCGCCCUACCAGGAAUCGGUCAUCAAAUAAUAGCAGCAGGUACAACAGCACGUCAUAUCGCUCUCAUUGAUCCUAGAGCUUCGGCUGCUACAACACAAGCCAUGACACUUCGUGGACACACCAACUUCGUUUCAUCAAUAUUUGCAGAUCCUGAUAGCAACUAUGGAUUAGUAUCAGCUGGUCACGAUGGAACCUGUAGGGUAUGGGAUCUUAGAAGCACAAGACAGGGAACGAAAGAUGAAGGACUUGGUGUUGUUGGAGAGGCAGUUUAUAUCAUUGAGAGAGAGAGUAGGAAAGAUAAGACAACUAAGACAGUUGGUGGUGAGGGAGUUAAGGUUUUCGAUGUUAACUGGGAUAAGGAUGUUGGAAUUGUUAGUGCUGGUGAAGAUAAAAUGGUUCAAGUGAAUAGGGGAAGAGGUGUUACAAGACCCGAGAAUUAGUUUAUAUACCCCUUUAUAAUAACCAAGUGGAUUUAUACUUGAACUACGAUUUUUGGUUUUUGAUUUGCACAAGAAAUGAAUGAAUGAUCUUUGGACUUUUGGAAAGAUGAUCACGUGAAAAUAAUUUUGUCCAUUUGAUGUAUGUAAUUACGCCUCAUUUAGACUUUUACGAAUUUGUUUAUUUUGGAAGAAAUCUCUGCAUACAAUUUCUCUUGUCCAAUUUCUUAUACGCCUUUUUAUACGCGAUCACGGCCAUGUUACGGCCUUUCAAUAUCUUUUAAGUCUUAAAUAGAUCGAAAUAAAAAAAGAUCCUUUCCA